GACAUAGAGCCAAGUUCAAAUAUAAGUCGCGCAAAUUUUAAUCGGGGAAUGCAUUCACGAAGUGGAUCCAAAAGUGAAGCUUGAACAGUGAUUUCCAUAUUAUUUACAACAUAUUUCUUAAGAUGAGUUCCCACGGAAACAAACCAAGCACCGGAUCCACCAGACUGAUCUCAAUUAGCCUGAUACUGGCCGUUGUUUGUAUAGAUAUGGUCAAAUUGGACGUUUACGCUGCUAGUCCCAGAUUAUAUGCGGAUCGUGAAGACAAACAAGACUGUUUCAAGCUGAUUGAUUGCAGGGUGUAUGUGCACUAUCCCAUAUGCAGAGGUAUUGCUGCUAAAAGAGACAUAAACUCACAUACACAGGACACUAAAUAUCCAGCCACACCUAAAGAAGUUAGCAGUAAAUAUUACGAUGUUGAAAAACUACCGACUGAAAAUAUUGCAACCAAUAAUUUACUUACCGAGAUCCUUAUGAGGGACUUAAACAGAAAUGUGGACUUCGAUUCGAAUUCGGGACGGCAUCUGAAACGUUAAUCUUGAGGAUAACUUAAAAAUUAUUACCAUCCAAUCAGUAUUAUUACUUAAAAUGUUAGCUAUAAGUAUUUAUUUUUUAUGUUUAUAUUGGUGAUGUUUGUUAACUAGCAAAUAAAAGCAUAAGGAAAA